AGUGUUUCAUUGAAACUCUUAGAGUGAUGACUGCAAUUUUGAGAGUGUUAUUAAUAAUUAUUUUGACUUUGAAUCUUUUCCAAGAAGGUUCAUUGAAUAAUUUUAUGAAUUUUGGAAAAAGUUAUUUUGAAACGAAAAUUUUGGAUGGAAAAGCUGAGAAUGUCGAUCGAAAGUGUGGAUACGAGGGAUGUCCAAUGACUCAUCCUGAUAUGUUGAAUGUUCAUGUUGUUGCACAUACACACGACGAUGUUGGAUGGUUGAAGACUGUCGAUCAAUAUUAUUAUGGAAGUAAAAGCCAAUUCCAAAAAGCUGGCGUUCAAUACAUAAUCGACUCGGUGAUUCAAGCUUUGCUUAAUAAUCCAGAACGACGUUUUAUCUAUGUUGAAUCUGCUUUCUUCUCUAAAUGGUGGCAAGAACAAGACGAUGAAAUGAAAAGCAAUGUAAGGAUGUUAGUUGAUGAAGGAAGACUCGAAUUUGUCGGUGGUGCUUGGUCAAUGAACGAUGAAGCAAUCACACAUUAUCAGAGCUUAAUUGAUCAAUUCACUUGGGGCCUUCGUUUCUUAGAUGAUAACUUUGGUAAAUGUUCACGACCACGAAUUGGAUGGCAAAUUGAUCCUUUCGGUCAUUCACUUCAACAAGCAUCUUUGUUUGCUAAAAUGGGUUAUGAUGGUCUCUUCUUCUCUCGACUUGAUUAUCAAGAUAAAGAAAAACGACAGAAAGAGAAGACAAUGGAAAUGAUUUGGAAAACAAAUCAAGAUUUAGAUGAAGCUGAUUUGUUCACUGGAGUUCUUUAUCAACGUUUUUACAAUGCCCCCGAUUACUUUUGUUUUGAUAUUCUUUGCAAUGAUGAACCGAUAAUUGACGAUAUUCACAGCACUGAAUACAACGUUGAUAAAAGAGUGGAAGAUUUUGUAAGAACGGUUCGUAAUAUGUCGGAAAGUUAUCAAACCAACAAUUUAAUGCUUACAUUUGGAGGCGAUUUUACAUUCAUGGCUGCUCAAAUGUAUUUCAAAAACUUAGAUAAACUUAUAAAAUACACAAAUGAACGUCAAGAUAAUUUUAAAGUCAACACUUUCUACUCAACUCCGUCAUGUUAUUUAAAGUCACUACAUGAAAGUAACACUAAAUGGCCUAUAAAAUCUGAUGACUUUUUUCCUUAUGCUUCUGACCCACACUCUUAUUGGACGGGUUAUUACACGUCACGACCGACAUCAAAGAGAUUUGAACGAAUUGGAAAUCAUUUUCUUCAGAUUUGUAAGCAACUGUCAGCUAUGGCGGAAGUUGCUGAAGAUUUUUAUGACGAAAACUUAAAAAGAUUGAAGAGUGAAAUGGGUGUGAUGCAACAUCAUGAUGCAAUAACUGGAACUGAGAAGCAGCAUGUAACUGAAGAUUAUCACAGAGAACUUUAUGAUUCAAUUAAAGGUUGUGAAGACAACACAAGAUCGUCACUUAAUCAACUUAUGAUUGGACACCAUUCGAAUGGAACAAAUCAAUUGGAAUUUCAAUUCAAUUCAUGUUUGAAUCUUAAUAUCAGCGUUUGUGAAGUUACAGAAAGUUCUUCAGAGUUUAUGGUGACAGUUUACAAUCCCAUAAGUCAUGAAACAUAUCAGAAUGUGAAGAUUCCUGUUCAUGGAGAUUCUUACAUCGUUCGUGAUUAUCUUAACAGAGUUAUAGACUCGCAAAUUAUUCCAAUACCGACACCUGUCAUGAAUCUUCAUUACCGAAUUAGUAAAUCAAGUCACGAGCUGAUUUUCCAAGCAAAGAACAUUCCAGCUAUUGGAUACAAAUCUUAUUAUGUGACUAAGACAACCACAGCACCAUCGGAAGACAAUAAAGAAGUGGAAGAAAAUUUAAAUGAACCUGAAAUUGUCACAAUCGGUGAUGAAGAAUUGAAAAUUAUUUUCGACUCAAAUGGAUUAGUAUCGGAGAUUAUUGUCGAUGGUGUAUCAAGUAAAUUAUCACAAAAUUUCAUUUAUUAUAAAGGUGCUAAUAUGAAUAACGAAAUCUUUGCUAAUCGAUCGUCGGGUGCUUACAUUUUUCGACCAGAAAUUGAUUCAGUUCCAGUUGUUGUCAGUGAAGUGAUUAAAAUUGAGGUUCACAAAGGUGAAAUUGUUGAUGAAGUUCAUCAAAUAUUUAAUGAAUGGAUAAGUCAAGUUGUGAGAAUUUAUAAAACAUCAAAAUAUGUUGAAUUUGAAUGGCUUGUUGGUCCCAUAGCGAUUGAUGAUGGAAUUGGUAAAGAAAUCGUUUCGAUAUUUCAAACAGACAUCAAGAGUAAUGACAUUUUCUACACGGAUUCAAAUGGCCGUAAUAUGUUGAAAAGAAUCAGAAAUAAACGUGAGACUUGGGAUAUUGAAAUGAAUGAGAAAAUAUCGGGAAAUUAUUAUCCGAUCACUACAAAGAUUGCAAUUGAAGAUGAAAAUCAUCGACUUGCUAUCCUUACCGAUAGACCACAAGGAGGUUCGAGUUUGACUGAUGGUAGUAUUGAGUUAAUGGUUCAUCGUCGAUUGCUUCGUGAUGACACAUUUGGAGUUGGUGAACCAUUGAAUGAAACUGCUUAUGGUGAAGGUCUCAUAGUUCGUGGAAAGCAUUGGAUAUUCUUUGGAACUUCUAAAAUUAAGAAAUUUGAACGAAUACAUCAGAAUGAACUUCAUUUACCAAAUUGGCUAUUUUUUGACAAUCUUAACGACAUAACGUCAUUCGAGUGGGCGUUAACUUACAAUCUUAUGCAUUCUGGGUUAAAAACUUCCCUUCCAACAAACGUUCAUCUCUUGACUUAUGAACCAUGGAAAGAAAAUUCAAUUUUAAUUCGAUUUGAACACAUUUUUGAGAGUAAUGAAGACGGAGAACUUUCAAAACCUGCAAUUUUUAAUAUCUCAGAAGUUUUUCACGGUGCGGUUGAUUUCACCGAAAUGACAUUGGCAGCAAAUCAGUUAAGGGAAGAAUUGAAUCGUUUAAAUUUCAAUGAAGAGGAAGUUUUGUUACAACAAAAUGACAAGAAAACUAACCUACAGUUGAUAGCGAAAAUUUUAGAUCCAAUGAUUGUCUUAGAGCCAAUGGAAAUCAGAACCUUUAUUGUGACUUUUAAUUCUGGAAAUUCCUUAUUGGUUUCUUUUAAUUUCAUUCUAUCAACUUUAAUUAUAUUUUUAUUUAAAUAUUUUUUAUGAUUUAAAUUAAUAAAAUGAAGCUAAUGCUUAACUACUUAAAUUAAACA